GUCAUAUGGGUGCAGCUGUCACACACAUUACACAAAGCAGUAACUCAUUUUUUCCAGGACACAUACAAUGUCAAUCAACAUCUAUCUUGUUAUUUUCUGGAUCCCCUCUCAUUUUGCUCUCUCCAAGCACAAACUGGACUCAUCAUUUCAGGAUCAAAUGCACUUCAAUUUUUGGACUGUACCUUCUACCCCAAGUCAGAUCUUGACAUUUAUUCUCACCCUGGUCACAUUUACGAGGUGCUAGAGUGGAUCAAGAUCCUGGACCCACCACAGGAAGAAGAAGAAGUAUGCUUGGCACAGUAUUCUAACAUUGCUGAAGUCUACACCUUCAAAUGGUUUGUAGUUAUAGACAGAGAGCAUGUGGAGUUCUGGAUUCAAGUUAUCCAGACAACCUAUAACCCCAUUGAUACUAUCAUGAAAUAUCACUCAACUUGUGUUAUGAAUAUCAUUACCUUCUAUGCAGUGUAUUCAUUCUACCCAAUUGCAACAUUCAAGGACCGAAGUGCACUCAAAAUCCCUGGAUUGAGGCACCACCCAGAUGUCCUUGCAAAGUAUAUCAAGAGAGGUUGGAGAGCCUAUUCAGUGUUCAGGCCAGAUACAUCAGGAAGUAUGCCCUGUACAACAUUGUCCCCAUCCUCAGAACAAUUUUCAUGGGACCCCUCAACCCAGAACCAUUGGACAAUGUUGACCGAGCCAUCCACUCUCACCAGUCUCAGUGUACCAAACAUGGAUACCAAACUCAUUGUGACCACUAUCUUCUAUUACAAUUAUUUGGUUCCCAGUAAUUUGUUUUCUUUGGCAAUUCAUGAGUGGGUACAUGACUGGACUUGGUUUGAUGCUGAAAUACCAAGGUUCCAUGAGUUGGAGUAGAGCGGGUGACAGAGUUCAAGGUCUGUUAGAGUGGGUUGUUUGGUAGACAAACCAGCCUGGCACUGCUGUUUCAUUUGGUCUUUCAUCUUGUCAAAACUUGUUGUCCCACACACAUUGCACAUGGGUUAAUAUUGCAAACAUCAUGCUCUUAGGCAUGCUCUGAAGAAAUGCUUUGAUGCACCAAUGGAU